AGAGUGGGUAGUGGGUGAGUCAUGAGUAAGUAGUACUAAUAUGUUAGUUAUAUGUAGGUCUAGUUAGGUAGUAUCUAAUAGUAGUAUCUGUAUAUAUACACUGGGGUGUACAGAAACGCAAACAGAGAACAGGCAUGUAUCUAUAAUAGGUAUAUGCUUUUGACUUUUUGUGGAAGGGGCAGCAAAACGUAAAAUUUCAAGUAGGAUAAAUGAAUGAAGAACCAUGCCUUGGGGUAUAAGACAGAACAGAACACCAGGAAGCGCCCUUGCAAUGGUUUCGUUUCUUUUUUUCGCUUGGUAACCCAGCCACUUUUGCUUUCAACAAUCGUAACUCUUUCUCUGCUUCAUGCUCCCCUCUUUCCCCUGUCUUUGCGUCCACGGACUUCUCCUCUCCAGUCAUUAGACGGUGCAACCCAACGGUUACUUUUUCUGCCAAGGACAAUGACGCAAGGAAUGCAUCGCCGGCAGAGAGAACACACACAAAGGAGAUGCUGGGCAGUGUACAGCAUUAUCAAUACAUGUUGGCGCGAACAAGUAUUUAACAACAGGGGAAGAGGGUACAUAUGCAGAGAGAUCAAACAUUAAGGAACGGACUGCACUCUGCGAGUCAGUAGUCGCAGGUGCACAGGUCAUCAGUCAUCAUUAUGCAAUCACAGAUCAUGAACAGAAACAGGGUAAAAAAAGAUAAAACAUAUCCGUCGCAACGUGUAUACUAUAGGAG